GACACGUUUGAUGAGUGUGUGAGGGAUUUAUUCUGUUACCGAUCGCAUGUUUUGGUUUCUCCUUUAAUGUGGUGUUAAGUAACGGUUUUGUGUAUACUUUUAGAAGUAAAAGUGUCCAUUUGUUUCAUAAUAUGGGUGGAAUUUUUAGUUAUUUCAAGAAUUUGCUUGGAAGUCGAGAAAUGAGAAUCCUUAUAUUGGGCUUAGAUGGGGCUGGGAAAACUACUAUUUUAUAUAGGUUGCAAGUUGGAGAAAUAGUUACAACAAUUCCAACUAUUGGCUUUAAUGUCGAACAAGUGACAUUUCGGAAUUUGAAGUUCCAGGUUUGGGACCUAGGUGGUCAAACAAGUAUCAGGCCCUAUUGGCGAUGCUAUUAUUCUAAUACAGAUGCUAUAAUUUAUGUGGUAGACAGUGCGGAUAGAGAUCGACUUGGAGUGUCAAAGCAUGAACUGGUGUCAAUGUUAGAGGAAGAUGAGUUAAAGAAGGCAAUCUUGGUUGUUUUGGCUAACAAACAGGAUAUUGAAGGUGCUCUGAGUGUAGCUGAAGUACAUCAAGCCUUAGGAUUAGAUUUAUUAAAAAAUAGGACCUUCCAAAUUUUUAAAACAUCAGCUAUAAAAGGUGAUGGACUUGAGGAAGCAAUGGAAUGGUUGUCAAAUAUGCUUACAAAUGCUAAGUGAAUGAGUUAAGAACAAAUUUUAUAAGAAACUGCUGCAAUUUUUCAGCACUCCUUGCAAAUGUAAAAAGAACUGUUUUCUUCAUACUGCUCUGAGAGCCAUGGAUCCAUUGUAUAUUCAUCAGUUGCUUCCAGUGAUUUUUUUUUAACUUUUUUGACUCCUAAUUGAUUUCUUGUACAAAAUGAAAACAAAGGCCUUUCAUGUAAAUAUCUAGUCACAGAACAAUGUGGAAGGAGUUCAUCUCUUAGCAUUCAUGUCAUGUUACUGAAUUUUUAACAAAGCAAUCACUACGGAAAUCAUUGUUGCUUUCCUUUCUCAGGAAUAGAGUAACUUUCUGUGUGGGAAUGCCAAAACCUGAUAAUUGACUUUGUUUUUCAUAUUAUUCAUAAUUAUUUAAAACAUAAUAUCUAAAACAUACUAUGCAUUUUGCAUUUACAACUGCUUUCUUGAAUAUGUGUCCAUAGUACUAUGCAUUGUAUUAAAAAAUUAUAUGUUGAUUAUAAGGCUUACCUACUUCGUAGAAGAUUUUUUAUAUUAAAUGAACUCUAGACAUCUGAUUCUGAAACUAAUUCACAUUUAUACAUGUUAAUAAAAGAAAAAAUAUUUGCUGUUUAGUAAUUAUGAACUGAAA